AUGAUGAGGAGAGGGAGCUACGACGACGCUGCGGUGUCUCUGCGACCGAACUUCCGUAACCUGGCUCAGAGGCGGCGGUCGGCUCCCUCUCUGGUCUUCGGGAAAACUCUGGGAAUGCCCUGGUCUCCCAUCAGGGAGGAGUCGUGUUGGGUGAGUCCAGAGCAGAGCCCCUUCGUCCUGGGUCUGACAGCAGAGAACGGUCCUCUGCUGCUGGAGCAGAGUCUGCAGGUGACAGAAGGAUCCAAGACCAGAGAAAGACACCUCUUCCUCUUCAGGGAUGUUCUGGUUAUCGCCAAACUCAGAUCUUCAACCUGUUAUCGCCUAAAGCACCGACUGGACCUGCAUGAGACCUGGGUCUUGGCCUUUGAUCCGGAGCUGGAGGAGCAGGUCCCAGACUCAGACCUGGACCUGGGUCUGAGUCUGCUGCUGGAUCCACAACUGUGUCUGCUGACCUUCAGUUCCCCUGAGCCAAAGGAACGCUGGCUAGAGCUUCUGCAACGGAACAUCUGUGAAGCCAGGGCUCGGUCUGGGGCAGAGUGGGCUCCGUCUGAAAGACUCAUGAAGGUUCUGACCGGGAACGCAUCUGUGAAGUCUCUCAGUGGAGGGGGCAUGGAUCAUCUCAUCGAGCUUCCAAUAAACGCCACAGAUGUGAAGCCGGCCCUCACAGCGGAGGAGAAACUCAGCGAGACCCGGUGGAAGGGGGUGGUGCGGCGCCUCAGGAGCGGCUCCAGCUUCAUCCACAGAAAGAAACAACUGUUCGGGAAAUCCCUGAGUAAAGUCUGUCCAGAGGGAGCACUGCCCAAGGCGAUACAGGAGAUCCUCCUGUUGCUACGGCACAGAGGUCCGUCCACAGAGGGAGUGUUCCGGAAGUCCUGUAACAGUAAAAAGAUGCAGGAGGUCAGGGACCAGCUGGAGACCGGGGCCGAUGUGGUGUUAGAGGAGCUACCAGUGGUGCUGCUGGUGGGACUGCUCAAGAGCUUCCUGAAGGAGCUCCCCGACAGCCUCCUGGACUCACAGCUGUAUCCACGAUGGAUGAGCGCCUUCAACGAGGAGGACCCCCAGCAGAGAGCGGAGCACCUACAGAGAGUGGUGUCGGAGCUGCCUGGACCCAACCUGCUCCUGCUGCAGCACCUGCUGUGUAUCCUGCACCACAUCCACCAGAACUCAGAAACCACCCGGAUGCCCUCCGACAACCUGGCCGUCUGCAUCGGCCCCACGCUGCUCUGGUCCAACUCCACAGCCCUGGACCAGCAAGCGGAGCGUAUGAAGGAGGUUUCAGAUUUGACCCAGUUCCUGAUCGAACACUGGGAGAUCAUCGGAGACAACAUCCCCAACCUCCUGGACACAGACAAAGACUCGGUGUCGUCUCAGCAACUUGACUCGGCCUACGACAGCACGGACCCUGACGGUGACCAGGAGCCGAGCCCGAGCUGCCCCGGGGCCGCAGCCUCAGUCCUCCACUCCCCCUUCCGCGCCUCCCCCUCCCUCCUCCGCCGUUGCUCCGAGCCCUCUCUCUCCCCUUCCACAGAGCUCCCCUCUCCUCGUCACGCCAGGAGUCGUGAUGACUGCUCCUCCUCCGGUGUCGUGCCGAGCCGCAGGAGCGAGCCGCGAUCCUGCUCCUGCUCCUCCCUGGACAGCACCGCCUCCAACCAAUCAGACGGAUCCGUUUUCGGCAGCUCCCCGGCGGGCUCUCCCACGUGGGAGCGGGGAGCUCCCUGUGCGCCUCCCUCCUACCAGCAGGCGGUGCAGAAGAUGGGCAGGCCGCCCUCAUACGCCUCCAUGACUGUCCAGGACGCCAUCCGGCUGGAGCGGCAGGCGCGGCCUCAGUCUGGACACUGGCCGCUCCCUGCAGCUGUGAACAUGAGACCCAGAGCCAUGUCCGAGUCUGUGUGUGUGCGCAGGGCGGACAUGGCGCCUCACAGGGCGGACAUGGCGCCUCACAGGGCGGACAUGGCGCCUCACAGGGCGGACAUGGCGCCUCACAGGGCGGACAUGGCGCCUCACAGGGCGGACAUGGCGCCUCACAGGGCGGACAUGGCGCCUCACAGGGCGGACAUGGCGCCUCACAGGGCGGACAUGGCGCCUCACAGGGCGGACAUGGCGCCUCACAGGGCGGACAUGGCGCCUCACAGGUGCAGCCCGCCGCUAUUUGAAGAGUUCUCGUACGCUCAGGAGUCGUACGUGUGA